UAAUAUUUAAUAGCGCUACACCAACGCUCGAGUAGGCUGCUGAUGCUUCACGAGAGACAGCACGUGACCGGCCAGGCCAGCCUAUACUGGAGCUACGCUAUGCAGGAGGACGAGCUCCAAACGCGCGCCGCUACUACAGCCACCACAGCCACUACAGUCCAAGCUGGAGCGCUGUGAGGAGAACCGCAUCCUCGGCGCCUUUAAAUGAGAUCCUUUACAGCCAGACUGUCGGCUUUGGAAGAUAAGACUCGCUCCGUCACCGUGAGGUAAAGUGUCCUCGCGCUGAAGACCGUGGAGUAGGCAGUACCUGAGGCAGUCGCUCUCCUCUCCUCUCCUCUCCUCUCCUCUUCUGUCACGGUGAAGCUGAGCAUCGACCGCUCUGGGCUCUGACACCACUGAAGAGUGGACAAAUCUUUCUCAAAGGCUAGAAGUCAUUGGAAACAUGAUGGCAGAAUCCCCCGAAUUUCUGAUGCGUUAGAGCCUCCUCUCCUGGGUCCCUCACUACCCCUGUCCCUUGCUCCUGGGCUUUUAAAGACUUCAGAUUUAUUUGCAAUGAUUGAGCGGAUGCAGAACAGCAGGAUGGAUGAGCAGAGAUGCACGCUUCCACCUCCCCUCAAAACAGAGGAAGACUACAUUCCCUAUCCAAGUGUGCAUGAGGUGCUGGGUCGUAAAGCUCCCUUCCCCCUGAUACUACUGCCCCAGUUUGGUGGUUACUGGAUUGAGGGUACCAAUCAUGAGCUUGGUUCAGCCCCUGCUCCAGAGGAGCCGCCCCCCUGCCCAGCAUCGGAGGUUAAACUAGAGACUAACAGCACAGCAAAGAUCUACAGGAAACACUUCCUGGGCAAGGAGCACUUUAAUUAUUACUCUGUGGACACUGCACUGGGCCACCUCGUCUUCUCUGUGAAGUAUGACGUGAUUGGGGACCAAGAGCAUCUCCGUCUACUGUUUAGGUCAAAGUGCAAAACCCACCAUGAUGUGAUACCCAUUUCUUGUCUGACUGAGUUCCCCAAUGUGGUGCAGAUGGCAAAGCUGGUGUGUGAAGAGGUGAACGUAGACAGAUUUUAUCCAGUCCUCUACCCAAAGGCCUCUAGACUCAUUGUGACCUUUGAUGAACAUGUCAUAAGCAACAACUUUAAGUUUGGAGUCAUCUACCAAAAGUUUGGACAAAUGUCAGAAGAGGAGCUUUUUGGAAACAAUGUGGAAAGUCCAGCCUUUGUUGAAUUUCUGGAGUUUUUGGGGCAGAAGAUUGAGCUGCAUGACUUUAAAGGGUUUCGAGGUGGUCUAGAUGUCACACAUGGCCAGACUGGAAUUGAGUCAGUAUACCACAAUUUCCACAACAAGGAGAUUAUGUUCCACGUGUCCACCAAACUGCCCUACACUGAAGGAGACUCACAGCAGCUCCAGAGAAAGAGGCACAUUGGAAAUGACAUUGUGGCUAUCGUGUUUCAAGAGGAAAACACACCAUUUGUACCAGAUAUGAUCGCAUCCAAUUUCCUGCAUGCUUAUGUGGUGGUGCAAGUGGAGAAUGCCUGCACAGACAAUGUCCUUUACAAGGUGUCAGUGACGGCGAGAGAUGACGUGCCUUUCUUUGGACCUGCUCUCCCAGACCCAGCUGUGUUCAGAAAGAGUCCGGAGUUCCAUGAGUUUCUCCUGACUAAACUUAUCAAUGCUGAAUACUCCUGCUACAAGGCAGAGAAGUUCGCCAAGCUGGAGGAGAGAACACGCUCUGCACUGCUGGAGACUCUGUAUGAGGAGUUGCAUGUGAACAGCCAGUGCAUGAUGGGAUUGGGAGGAGAGGAUGAGAAGAUGGAGAAUGGAGCUGGAAGUGGAGGAGGCUUUUUCGAAUCUUUCAAGAGAGUAAUUCGCAGUAGGAGUCAGUCUAUGGACGCUAUGGGCCUAAGCAAUAAAAAGCCUCACACUGUCUCAACCAGCCACAGUGGCAGCUUUACCCACAAUCCUCCAGACACCCCCAAAACACCAGGCAUUUCUUUGAUCAUUCCUGGGAAGAGCCCAACCCGGAAAAAAUCAGGUCCGUUCAGCUCCAGACGGAGCAGCGCCAUUGGAAUCGAGAACAUCCAGGAGGUCCAGGAGAGAAGUAGUAGGGAUGUGUCCCCGAGCACACAGAAAACACCUGACAGUGGGCAUGCCUUGCAGGAUCCCAAGUCUGAUAACUCUUCCAAUCAUAGCUCACCAGAGAUGCCCACCACUAAGACCAGUUCGGCUGUGUGUCGAGCACCUUCCAUCCCAGAGAAUCAUGAUCUGUCUCGUUCAUCGUCCAACGCCAGCAGCUUUGCCAGUGUGGUGGAGGAAAACGAACAAGAACAUGAAGCUGCAGAGGAAUAUGACACAGGACUGGAGAGCCUGUCUUCUGCUGGCACCCCUCAUAAGCGAGAUUCAUUCACAUACAGCACUGGUUGGCUGGAGGACAGUAUGAGCAGUGCUAGCCAAGGCAGCUCACCAGCCCCCUCCCGACAGCAGUCUGACCCUGUUCGGCCCAAAACAGAGAGACAGCACUCAGCAUCGAACUGCUAGGCUCUCUUCACAGAUUAUUUCAUGGACAUCCAUCAGCAGCAUUCCCAUAAACAGCUCCUCCUAGUGGAGACUCCGUGGCUCCUCCAGAGACAUGGUGGAGAAGAGGAGCUGAUCGCUGAUCGUCAUAGCAACAUGGCCCACAAUUGAGCCGUGUGGCCUGGGAUCCCUGUCUGUCCCUGAUUUAAGGACACACCCCUUUUCGUCUGCAUCAUGUGACUGAUAAUGCCUCCCAGCGUGCAGUUUGGUCGCGGCAGGUUAUUGAGGCGGCCCUUCAAGCAGACGUCGUGGUAACAUUGCAUCACCUAUGUGAGCUAACAGUUAUUUCUCUGUCUGCUUUACUGGGGUAUGGCCUUAUGGCUUUAGCCACAUAGGCUCUGCACCCUUUCUCUUUCACUCUGUUACUUUCUUUUUGCAUUAAGCUGUCACCUUCUCUUUUACAGGUUGCCCUGAUUUUGUCUUAUUGAUUGUUUCCAGUGUAUGUACUAUCUAUUUAUUUAUUUAUUGAUGGCUACGGUUGGAAGGCAGACUCUUCCAAAGCUUUCUGUAGUCUUACACAUCACAAAGCUCCAUACACAGAUAAGCCGACCCAGAACACAUAAGGAUGAAAGUACACUGCACUAUAACACUCACUUACAUGCAGUUUUCCUUUUUUUAUCAGCAGUAAAGUUUGUUUUAUGUUUGUCAGUUAUGAGUAAUGACAUUAGUAACUGGAUAUUGAUAAAUGUUUUGUGUUGUUAUUAACUGUUAACUAUUCUGCUGCUGGUAUUGACCACAUAAGCCAGAUCUCAUCAAAUGGUUAAAUUGUGGUGGAAUUUUGUUUUAUUUUUAUUUUCCAAGUAUUGGUGAGUGCACUCUUGACACUCUUUCCAUUGUUCAUGACUUUGCUGACUUCUGCAGUUAAUACCAAUUUGUUUUGUUUUCGUAGAAAUGUAUAUUUGCGUUGGGAACUGGUUCAGACUUCAGAUUUCAUUGGUUGGUUCUUGUGAGCACAACUAGCUGCACAAAGUAGGUUACUAACAAAUGUCGGGAUUUUGCCUCUUAGCGUUUUUGAAGAACGUAUUCACUGUGCUGUCUACUGUGAACUGUUCUGAAGUUGCCUUCCACAGCUUUACCUGCUCUGUGUGAAAUCCUACUGCAUCCUACAGAGGGGAACAGUAAACUAUUUGAAUGUAAAUCCUGGAGGAGCCUGGGUACUUGUCUAAUGUCUGAUCAGAAAUAAGCUCUUUCAAAUUAUUUCUGAUUAAGAUGUAAUCUAAUCUUUUCUGUUGGUGCCCUCAUUCAUUGUGUAACGGACACAGAAUUUUCCAUGCUGCUUUAAAUAUCAAGCGAUCGUGUUGAUUCUGUAGAACAUUUUUUUGUUUCAUAUUAUGUAAUUUAUGGUUUGUAAAAUAUGAAAUGUUGAUUAAAUGUGAAGACCACUUUCUAUUUUAUAUGGUAUCUAGUGAGCAACUGAAACUGAAGCAGGUUUUUGGCAGCAGGUCUAUAAUUUAAUCAUGAAUCGAAUACACUGCUUAAAUGAGUUGGUCUUUUAAUGCAAUGUGAUUGCAGUUUGAGAGAAAAUAUAGCAAUUCAAACAUUAAAAGUCUGAAGUUGCUGUGUGUUUUGCUGCUGCCUUCAAUGUGAUGUCAAAUAUGAGAUACAUGUGCCCUCCAGUGGUAGGGACCUGUUAGUACACACUUCGUCUCUGUCAUUCGUCAGAUUGUUUAUUGUAUGCUAGAAGUGACAUUUAAGCUAAAAUUCAUUCCAAGCAGACUGAUAUUGCCAUUAUCAAACUGAUUGUACAUGUGUUUUCUCUGACAGUAAAUGCUUUGUGUGGUAUUUGUAUAAAAAGCUUAAGUGUAAAUAAAGCAGCCCCACCCCCGCACAUGCUCUUUUUGUAAAUAAAAUGACAGGAAUCACAUUUCAUAAAGAUGACAAGAUUUGUGGAAUGUUUAUAUUGAUUUAUUGAUUUCUGCAGUGUAAAAUAAAAGGUUAUGUGUUA